UUGACGGAGGUUCUCGUGGCUGGUCCAUCACUGCGCUUUCGGUUGCCUGCUAAACACGCAUGUAGGCUAAUGUUUCGGUGAAUUGUGGAAUUAUACGGAGGAAAAGCAUGCUGUAAUUUUUGCAUGUCAGGAGCAGAGAACUGUUUUGCCGGUCAACGGCUUUUUUCCGUUUGGAUCGCUUUUUCCCUAUGACAUAGGCUACCAAUUAAUCGGAGGCAUGUGGAAUUGUACAGGGAUUACGAAUUGCCUCUCAAGACUGUGCCUGCUGUUAAUGAUAUGGACGGAGGUGUCCAAGUGCACUGGCUAUUUUGAGCUGCAGCUGAUUACCGUUCAGAAUGUAAACGGCGAGUUGUCGGACGGGGAAUGCUGCGACGGAACGAGGAACUCGCAGGACCUGCGCUGCAGUCGGGACGAGUGUGAUACUUACUUUAAAAUUUGCCUAAAAGAGUACCAAAGCGAGGUCACAACCACUGGUCCUUGCACGUAUGGGGUUGGAUCUACUGACGUCCUUGGUGGAAAUAUUUUUUAUUUUAAGAAUAUGAAGAAUAAUGAAAACCAACGAAGCGAUGCUGGCAAUAUUCUCAUCCCCUUUCAGUAUGCAUGGCCGCGGGCAUAUACCCUGAUUGUGGAGGCCUGGGACUGGGACAACUCAACCCGCAACAAUGACAACGAGCUGCUGAUCGAGCGGAGCAUCCACACCGGAAUGAUCAGCCCCGGCGACCCAUGGCAGGCCAUCCAACAUUACGGGCCUGUGGCGCGCCUGGAGUACCGCAUCCGUGUUCGGUGCGACGAGAACUACUACGGCAGCAAGUGCAACAAGCAGUGCCGGCCACGCGACGACUACUUCGGCCACUACAGCUGCGAGCAGUCGGGCAACCGCGUGUGCCUGGAAGGCUGGAUGGGUGAAGACUGCCGGAAGGCAAUUUGCAAGCAAGGCUGCAACCUUUUACACGGAGACUGCUCAGUCCCAGGGGAAUGCAAGUGCAGCUAUGGCUGGCAAGGCCAGUUCUGUGAUGAAUGUGUCCCCUACCCUGGCUGUGUCCAUGGGACCUGUGUCGUCCCCUGGCAGUGUAACUGUGAGCGUAACUGGGGAGGACUGCUGUGUGACAAAGAUCUGAACUACUGUGGGAGACACCAGCCGUGCGUGAACGGAGGCACCUGCAUGAACACUGAGCCGGAUGAGUACCACUGCACCUGUCCAGAUGGCUACUCUGGCAAGACCUGCGAGAUAGCUGAGCACGCUUGUGUUUCCGACCCUUGUGCCAACGGUGGCACGUGCCGCCAGAUCCUGUCCGGAUUUGAGUGCCAAUGCCCGCCGGGAUGGGAGGGGCCCACCUGUGCCAGUGACAUGGACGAAUGUGCAUCCAGCCCUUGUGCCCAUGGUGGGACAUGCAUUGAUUUGGACAACGGGUUUGAGUGUCUGUGCUCGCCAGAGUGGGGAGGGAAGACCUGUCAGAUUGAUGCAAAUGAAUGUGUGGGGAAGCCGUGUGUAAAUGCUUACUCAUGCAAAAACUUAAUUGGUGGAUAUCACUGCGACUGCUUUCAAGGAUGGUCUGGACAAAACUGUGACAUCAAUGUCCGUGGGUGCCAUGGUCAAUGUCAGAAUGGGGCAACAUGUGAGGAAGGGCCCAGGGCAUACCUCUGCCAUUGCCUUCCGGGCUUUGUGGGUACACACUGCGAGAUCCAACGUAACAAGUGUGCCAGCGGGCCAUGCCAGAACGGUGGGCGCUGUCACAGAAUUUUGGAUGGCUUUGUGUGCGAGUGCCCGACAAAAUUCUCUGGGGAACUGUGUGAGGUUCCUGCUUGGUCUCCGUCAGACUCGUGUGAGACUCUCCCCUGUGAGAACGGGGCUACGUGCCACCCCCUUUCGGGAGACUUCUACUGUGCUUGUCCUGAGGGCUACCAAGGCAAGACCUGUGCCCAACUCAGGGACCACUGCAGGACAACCCCCUGUCAAGUGAUUGACAGCUGCACUAUUGCUGUGGCGACCAACGACUCGGCAGCCGAGGGUGGCUUGCAGCACAUCUCGUCCAACGUGUGUGGUCCCCGGGGGCGCUGCAUCAGCCUGCCCGACGGCAACUUCACCUGCUCCUGUGACCCCGGCUUCAGUGGCAGCUACUGCCAUGAGAACGUGAAUGACUGCGCGAGCGGCCCGUGUCAGAACGGGGGCACCUGCAUUGACGGGGUCAACUCAUUCCAGUGCAUCUGUCCCGACGGCUGGGAGGGCCGACUGUGUGACCACAAUGUGAAUGAGUGCGUCCAUAACCCAUGUAAGAAUGGUGGCCUCUGUGUGGACUUGGUCAACGACUUCUACUGCAAGUGUACCGAUUACUGGAAGGGCAAAACCUGCCACUCCCGUGAGAGCCAGUGUGAUGCCAACACCUGCCGUAACGGGGGCACCUGCUAUGAUCACGGGGACGCCUUCCGCUGUGAUUGCCCCUCAGCAUGGGGCGGCAGCACCUGUAACACAGUCAAGAACAGCACAUGUGCGUCCGGUCCCUGCUCAAACGGGGGCACCUGUGUUGGAGGGGGCAACACCUUCACCUGCAUUUGCAAAGAUGGCUGGGCGGGACCCACCUGUGCUGAUAACAUCAAUGACUGCAGCCCUCACCCUUGCUACAAUGGUGGUAUCUGUGUUGAUGGCGUCAACUGGUUCCGUUGUGAAUGUGCCCCUGGGUUUGCCGGACCGGACUGUCGUAUCAAUUUAGAUGAGUGCCAGUCAUCUCCCUGCUCGUACGGCGCCACUUGCGUGGACGAGAUCAACGGCUUUCACUGCGUCUGCCCACUCGGGCGAUCAGGCCCGCGGUGCCAAGAGUUUAUAGGUAUCGGGAAAACCUGUCAUUAUGCCGGCCUGCAGUUCCCACAUGGCAGUCGCUGGGAAGAGGAGUGCAACAACUGCCUUUGUGUCAAUGGCAAAGUGGAGUGUACCAAGGUGCUCUGCGGUCGGCAGCCAUGCCUUCUAAAGGGUUCUUCAACGUCAUCGGACAAGAAACUUGUCCAAGCGUGUCGAGGCGGCAGAGAAUGCCAGGAGCACAGCUACAUGGUCUGCUUCUCUUCUCCCUGCCACCUGUGGGGAUUUUGCUCGUCUCCAACGUCAGGUGGAGGUGAUCUCGCGCCCCAUGACCACACAGAGUGUCAGCCCAACAGCAAGCACCUGGACAACAGCUGUGCCCGAAUCACACUCAUCUUUAACCGUGCCAAAGUGCCAGUGGGCACAACAGUGGAGAACAUCUGUUCAGAGCUUAGGUACCUGCCCGCCACCAGAACACUGGCCAAAGACCACACCCUUCUUGUGCUGUGUGACCUCUCCCAAAGCAAUCCGGAUGCAGUAGAAGUGGCUAUAUCGUUCCAGCCUGAAGAGCAGCCAGACCACAGUCUGAUCCAGGAGGCAGCCAGCACCAUUGUCGGCACAUUGUCCAAGCGUCACAACAGUACCAUCAUGCUGGCCGUCAUUGAGGUCAAAGUGGAAACACAGGUCAAGCCCCCCGCCGUGGACUACCUGGUGCCGAUGCUCUGCGUGGUCUUCUGUGUGUUAUGGCUUUUCUGCAUCAUUGUGUGCGUGUGGUGGACGCGCAAGCGGAGAAAAGAGCGUGAGAGGAGGGCGCGAGGCCACAUCGAGCAAAAUGUUAACAACCAGUGGGAGCCCCUGCGGCCCAUAGGAGGCCAGCCACAACAGCAGCUUAAAGACAACAACAGGGAGGCCCAGCAGGAGUGCAAGAAGCUGAUAGGUUCCCCCUACAGGACCUGUGAUGGAGGAGAGGAGGAGGAGGAGGAGGAGGAGGAGGAGGAAAUUGGGGGAGAGAUGGCGUUUGAGGAGGAUGACGGAGUAUUAGGCGUGGAAGAGGGCAAGGGGCCCAUCUGUAAGUACUCUAAGACUGCGGUGCCGUCCAAAGGGGAUGUAAUCUGCACCUCGAGAAGUUCACUCUUCAAAGCACCCCACCGGACCACCUACAGCCCCAAAGACAACCGCUGGAAAAAUGUCAACGCCACCCUGGCUGGCCAAGACGCCAAAGACCCUUUUGUAUGAUCGAACUGGACUCAGAAAUGCACACAACUCGGAACUCCACAGCACUGAGUGAGAAAAGUGAGGGAGGAUCUCAUUAGAUGUACUCAUGAGAGAAAAAUAGCUUUUCAGUUCAAAGAACCAAUAUUUUUUUUGCUGUCAUCUGUACAUUUUCUUUGGGGAGCAGGAUGCUAACAAAUAGAUGACGUUUGUCUUUUAUGUACAGAUGAAGCACAAUUGUAUACCUUCAACCGAGGUAAAGUAAGGCCUCAAUUUUGUUUAUAUUGUACUGUUAAAAUGAGCAAAGUCCAAAUGGAGCGGGGGAAAAACCUAUAAAAUUACUUUUGUUUUUGUUUACAGAUAGUGAUUUUGUUUAAUUUUGAGUGGGCUUUUUUUUUUUUGAGG